AUGACCAAGGAAGAAAGAGAAGCUAAAGAAAAAGAAUUAGGCUAUUUUAAAACUGGGAAGAAAACAAAGACUGGAGAAAAAAUAAAAAAAGAUGGUGUAGAAGUGGACGAAGAAAAAGACGAAACAAAAUGGAUUGGAAUAAAUAAUGUUAAGGAUUUAAUGCAAAAAACUCAUGAUAUGCGCCAAAAAGUGGCUGAUUUGGAGGCAGCAGUUAAAGAUGUAGAAGCAGAAGUAAAAGGUGAUUGGGAAAAAGUUCAAAUGCAAUUAGCAAUUAUUAGAAAUAAUGUGGAACGGGCUGGUGAUCAUUCUGGUUUGGCUAAUCGGGUCUCGGCUUUGGAAAGUACCAUAUCUAGUUUAAAAAGCAGUGGUUCCAGUUCGAGUGGUGGUGAUAUUUCUUCUGCUAAGUCUAAUACGCUAAUUGGAAUAAGCAAUACAAUUAGACAGUUGUUAAACGAAUUAAGUAGUUCAAUUCCCUCGGAUAAAUAUGAUGCUCUUCACCGAGCGCUGAAUAAUUUAAACAGAGAAUUUUAG